AUGUAUUACGAUCCCUUCCAUCGUGAAAGAUGCAUUGGGCUGUCAGACAACGGGCAUCCCUGCCCACACGACGUCGAUCUACAGUGGCGUGUGUUCGCACACACAGAGGUGCAACUACUUCAGGACAUUACGCAUUUGACUACCAGAAAAUCUCGCCUCAAAAGUGUGACAAAACAUUUGCUGUGUGACUGCCACCGCCGUACCCUGGUGCGCUCGACGAGGCAUAGACAUGUAUCACCAAUGGUGCAAAAGCAGAGCCAAUUUAUGGUUCAGGAAGCGCCCUCUCACCCUCUUCCUCGACUAGUUGGAGGAAUCAGUCAGGAGUCAAUUGGAGGCCCAGUACUGCAACGAACAGAGUUACCUUCAACCUUGCGGGACUAA